GACGGUGAGACCAGGAGGGGGCGAGGGAGGGAGGACCCCUUCCUUCGGGACGUUGUGAGCAUGCGCAGCGGCUGGGGCUCGGCUGCUGCAGGGAGGCGGCUGCCGCGGUGCAGGGGCUGUGCAAGGCCCGAGGCGGGGCCGAAGCGGGAAGCGGGCAGGUGGGCCCGGGGAGGAGAAGCCCGGACCCGCCGCCGCUCAGCCUCCCUGCCCCGGCGCCCGCACCGAGGCUCCCGGGCCUCCAUCCGGACCUGCGCCUCCGGGGCGCGCCCCGGCAUGCUGUAACUUAUUCCUAAUUAUUUUACUCAUUGAUGCUCUUGAUAACAUGGAGGUUAAACUAGAAGUUUUAUUAUCCACAAGUAUCAAGCAGAAAAAACCUUGGCCUCGAAUUUCCUGGCUAGGACAGGAAAAAGAAGCUAUUUUCCUUUUGGAUGAUAAGUAUAUAAAUGAAAUUAAUUUGCCAUCUGGAAAGACAAAGAAGAAAAUUCCUCGUCUACAGCUUUUGCUGAAAAAUGUUGUCAUUUUAACAACUUCCAAUAAUGAUGCUUGGCUAGCUGGGGUACUUAACACUGGUGAAAUUUUUCUUUGGAAUAAAGAUCACGACUGCUUGAAAACUGUAUCUGCAACUGAAGAGUCUAAGAAACUAAUAACAACAGUCUUAGAGUCUUCUCUGAGAUUGUACAUGUAUGUAUCAGGAGAUGGAAAAAGAGUUCUGCUUACCACACCUUUUGGAUGCAUCUUGUUGUGGGAAUGUUUAGAGUCUGAGAAUAUUAUAUAUUCAAAAAACUCUUCACUGUUGGGUCAGUGGUCACAAAUCCAACCUGAAAAAUCAUUUGUUUUGCCUUCUCCUGAAGAUAAAGAAGCUGUAGUAGAUGCUGUUUUUAUAAGAAAUGAGUUGCUUGGUGAUUGCUGCUUGUGUUCAUUUACUUUUUAUUCUGGAGAAUAUUUGAUGUUAACAUUUUUGGCACUUCAGUGGCAUGAAAAUGUAUCUCAAUCUAGUAGUUCAUUGUCAUACCAGGUCCAUUGGGCACAUCAAGAAUGUUUUCUAUGCACCUUGAUUCCUAAGUGUGAAUCAGUGAAAUCAAGAGGAGCCCUAAUUACAGCAUUUUCAAGGGAUGGCCUUACCCUGGCUGUAACUCUUAAUCAAAAAGAUCCAAAGGCCACACAAAUAUUAUUUGUAAACAUACUGAAUUUUGUUGCUCUCUGUGGUAGUCUUAAAGGUUGUAGCAAUAAGAAUCCUGUGGUUCCAUCCAGACUUAUUAGGUCCUACUGGGUGGGUGAUAUUAGCUGGACUCAUGAUAGCCUUUUUCUGGCCUGCGUAUUAAAACGUGGCUCCUUGAUUCUCUUGACCUGUUUGGGUGAAUUGCUAACUUUGAAAACAUUUGGUUGUUCUAUAGAAUUUGGACCAGCAGAAUUUAUUCCACUUCAUCCACUAAUAACAUAUAGACCACAGCAAUAUAUACCUCAAGAUUCAAGUUAUUCCCUUGAUUCAUCAGCCUCUGAUAAUGACCCAAUGAGACAGAAAUUUUCUGUAAAAACACACUCAAGAUUACCCUACUUAAUUGUCUCUGAUGGAUAUAUGGUUACAGUACUUCAAUUUUUUGACAAUUUGUCCCCAUCAGUACUUAUGAAAUCAUUUCUACUUGAAUCCACCCAACGACUUGAGAAAAUACAUCAAAUGCUUAUAUUUCAGUCUAAAGGAAAAAAUCUGAGAUUACGGUCAUUGGAUUCACUCCGGUCUUGUCUGCUAAAGCAUCAAGGAAACCAAAGUUUAGUUGUCUCUGCUAUCCCCAGAUUCUUACAGGCAGAGGAAGAAAUAGGGGAAUUGACUGAAAAAAUGGCAGAUUUGCAGGAUCAUGAAAUAGAAGAAAGUAAUAAUAGUAAACAAUUUUUCAGUCAUUUUUUUCCUUUUGGGAGUCAGAAAAGUGAUUCUUUGUUUGAUGAAGUUGAAGAAGGAAGAUUAGAAUUUGCGUCCAUGUUUGAUACAAUUCAUGCAAAGGAUGAUAUUAAGGAAAAAGAUGAUAUCAUAACAGAACUGCAUUCCAUCCAGAAAAAUCUCCUUGCAGCCUGGAAUAUUGGAAUUUCAAAAAAUGUGGAACACAAAAAAUUAAUGUUCAAUUAUACAGUAACCUGCAUUACUCAUUUUUUCUACAUUCUUCAGUUUGUAAAAUGUCCUUCUAAACAGAAUUUUUAUUUAAAUAAGACUUUAAGGCAUAAUGCAUGGCUGCACUGUGUCUUUCAAUUUUUUCAUCAGUGUUUAUCUGUUCAGUAUUGGGAUUUGAGAUACAGACAGGAUGUGGGACAUUUGGUAAAGCUGACAUCACAAACUCUAAAGUUGAUAUUUGUUCAGCAACAACAAGAUCAGUUAUUUUCAGAUUCUCUUUUGGGUUGUUUCAACUUACUUAAGAUGGUCUCUGACAGUCUAAAUGGCAUAUAUACUCUUCAGCAUCAGAUGAUUUCAACAUCAGAUGAUGGAAAUAGGAUUGUAAAUCAUGAAUCAUUAAUUGUACCUAUUUUUCAAAAAUUUUCUAACAACUGUACUCAGAAAUCAUGGUCAUGGAAUACUUUUUUAAAGUUACCUCCUCAGGCCAUAAAUCUUGUUCAAAAGCCAGGCCACAGGUUAUCCAAUCUUUGGCAGCUAUUGUAUAAGCAAACUUUGUGGUAUCAAGCUCAUCUAAGUAGGCUGGACCCUAAGGAUGACAGACAGUUAACUGAAAGAAUAUCAAAUGAAGAGUCCUUUGUCAGAUCCUUAUUGUGCCAUAUUCAGGCUGUUCUACAGACAGCAGGAUGUUGCUUGAACCAAGCUUUGGAGCUCAAGUCUAUAACUGGUGAGGAAUAUUUUCUUUUGGGAUCAUACGAAGAAUCUGUUCAACUGUGGAAGAAAGCACUACAAGAAACCAAAGCAUUAGGAGGAAAGAGGACAUGCUUUCUUCAGACACGGUAUUAUCUUGCUCAGUUGUAUUGUCACCUCUAUUGUUAUAAUUUAAAUGAUGCUCAAGGAAUGUGUGAUCACUUGGUUAGAGAAAUACUGAGACAGUCUCAGAUGUCUACCAAAGAAGAGGAAUAUUUUCCAGUUUCAGAGAGUUUUCAUUGUGAUUUUGGACUGAUUGGAAAUGUUCAUCCUGAGGCUGCAAUUGCAGUUGUUCAGUGCAUGGCUCGAUUCAUGGCGGCGUAUUUCACCAACCAGCAGCUAUAUGUGCUCCCACCUCACAAUGUGGACAUUAUUCCUCCACUUCACAUAGAAACAGAACAAUUUGUUCGAAUCAUUCCUCUACAACAUUCUAAGGUGGCAAGUGUUAUUAGAGAUCAAAAUCUAUCUUAUCUAUGGACAGUUGAAUAUGCUCUUGAAUUGCUGUUUAUUACUGGUCUGGUCCCAGAGGCCGUGUGGCUUGCUCACAGACUUGGUGAUUGGAAGAUGGCUGUUUCAAUUGGUUUAGCCUUCAAAUUAUGCUAUAAAAGUAACAGCAAUUUAUCAAGGUGUAAGAAAAAGGACUUAACUCUACAAUUAAACAUGACUCCAACACGAAUUUUUCGGGAAAAACUACAAUGUUUUCUAGGUCAGCCAGCAUCUUUGAAAGUGGCUAAUGAAUUGGGUACUAAAUACAAACAGUUUACAGAUCCCAUCGAAGAAGAAGAUGUAGGCCUACUUUUUAAUUCCAUACAGGAAGUAUUGAAAGCAGCAGUUAUGGCUGAUGCUGAUAUUCUCUCAGAGACAUUUCAGUGUUUGAUCGACUCGGCCAAAGACUUCAGUAAGAGGUUAUGGGGAUUAGUACCUGUGGGCUUGUAUCUUCCAUCUCCUCCAUUAUAUUGUCCUCAGCCAGCUGUGCUUAAUGAGGACCAUGAGGAUGACCUCUUAUUAAAAACUGAGAAAGAUUAUCGUCAGAAGGUGUCGGGCAUCCUUCAGCGAAUUCUUCUCCUUUUUCGGGCAGCUUGUUGCUCCUUCCCUGCAGCUCAGUGGUACAUCUUAAAAUUGAGAUGGGCAAGAAAAGUGAUGCAAAAGAUUCGAAUUAAAGGCUCCCUUCCUUUAAUGAGUCCAUUUCCAGAGUCUUUGCUUCAUUAUUGUAAAGUUGGUUUGGCAUUCUAUCAACCUGGAGCCCCUAAAAACCAAAAGCUUGAUGAAGUUUCUUGUAAAACAAUAGGUUGCUUCAGAGAACUCUGUGCUCUCUGUUGGAUGCUUCAUGUCCGGGAAAAGUUGUCAUACAAUUGUAGACAAUAUCAGAUAGCAAGAGAAAAUAUGGAAAAGAAAAAGGAUAUGGAGUUGGAGUUUGAUCCUUGUAUGGUAGAGCAUUGUUUCAGUGCCCUGGAAUGGGCAUGUAGAAUGUUACCUUUCUCUAGGUUUAUGAAUAUUGAAGAACUUGUGCAGGAUAUAAUUUUGAGUCUUAUCGGAGAACUACCACCCACCAGAAAGGUGGCAGAAAUUUUUGUGAAAGCAUUUCCCAAUUCUGAAGAUAUAAGAGUACCUUUAAGAGAUAAAUAUAAUUCUCUUCAGCAGAGACUCAGACAUUGUACCGUGAAAGGUCCACAAACUGAGGAAAUGAUGUCUGUUAUCAUGCAUUCUAUUUAUAAGAUGAGAGUGAAAGCUCUGAAACGAGUAAGGAGGAAUAUAGGCCCUUUUGAAAUGAAUAUUUGGGAACCCCCUGAAGAAGAGACUGCAGAUAAUAAAAUUCAUACUUAUGACCGGUUUUCCCUUGGGACCAGUUUGAGCAGAAGUACUCUCAGUGACAUAGAAAAUUCCCUGGUUCAUAGUGAUGCAGAGACAGUAGAUACAUUAUCAGAAGCUUUGCCAUCUGAAAAAAAAAGAAAGAAUGCCCAGAAUCAUGCAGAAUUCACAUUGAUUACUAAUCAGGACAAUAAGAAGAAAAAGUUCAGUUCAGAAGAAUGCCCUGAAAGGAAAAGUGAUCAUGAAAAUAUAUGUAGAGAAAACAAAGUUCCUAUAGUAGGUGUUUGGGAAUUUGAACGUGAUGAUGAUGAAUAUAUUAAAUUCCUCGAUUUAUUCUUGAGUUAUGUACUUGAAAAAGAUCUGGUUGGUUCUAAUAAUCCUGGUAUUCCUUUUCUAAGUAGCUUCUCAGCCCUUCUUAAGGAACAUGAACUUAAUUCUUUGCUUUUUGAUGUUCAUACAACAUUAAAACGUCGUCAGGGAAAACCCACAAUUCAGAAUGUGUUCAGAGCUGGCUCCUGCUUUGUUAUUGUACCUGAGUCUUGUGAAUCUGAAAAAUCAUCUACUUUAAAUAGUGAAAACUUCAAAAAUUUGGGAAAUCAAACAUCUUCUCCUUCAAUGUUAGCCGUUCAAGGGCCAAGAACUUUUAUACAAAACUCUUUGAAUGAAGUAAAUAAAAGCAUGGAAAAGAGAGGCUUGUUUGGCUUAAAAGAAAAAUCGAUGUACAGAAUCAAAGAUGACAAUAAAGAGAUACCCAUGUCCCACAGAUUACCAAAGCAAGUUGUUCUUCCACAAAACUUUAAGACUACAAAAUUCACUUACAACGCAGUUCAAUGGAAUGACAUUAUUCCACAUGAAGAACUUUCUUUAGAACUAAAGAACAAAUUUGGCAGUAUAGCAAGACUACUGGAAUGGAUGAUAAGAUGGUCUGAUAGAAGAUUGCUAUAUGACUCCACUAAACCUGAGGCAUCCUGCCAGGACAGCCCUGUCAUACGGGUGAGGACCUCAGCAGCUGCCAUUCUUACGUCCCUGUGGCUUUUAGAACAAUCACGCUUUGUACAACAAACAGAUCGUGUAAUCUGUGAGGUUCCAGAGAAUUGUUAUUCUGUGCCUUCUGCGCUCUUACCUGAAACUAAAGACAAUAUUGAGAAAGAAAGUAAUGGAGAUAUUGGCUGUCCAGGAUCAGUGCCAAUUGCAAAAGAAAUUCAGGAAGUCUAUAAUAAUGAUGGACCUUAUGACAACUUUUUGGAACUAACUAUCCAAUCAAAAGAUCCUGAAAAAAAAGAACUCAUUGAGGAGAGCAUUUCUAUAACUCAUGUAACUGAUAAAGAAUUUACAGAUUUUGACAAAGAUCUCCCAGAAGAAAUGGAAAUAUUUACACAAGAGGAAAUGAAAAUGCCAAACUAUGGAGAGAACUCUGAAGGCUCAUUUGGAAGCCAAAACACUGACAUUUCCAUCAGUCUUGUGCCAUUAGAAGGGCAGUCAGAAGAACAACAUUUCAGAGAAAAAAUUGAGUAUCCAUUGAAAGAAUCAGUGGAAGAACUGAUGAAAACAUCAUUUGAACAGAAAGGUAUGGUUGAGACUGUUGCUGACCCUAAACUCACCAUUCCUCCUCACUCAUUCUGUUUAGACACGAGUGCAAAUACCCAUAGUAUACAAGUUUCUGCACCAAAAGACCGAUCUUCCUCAGUUCCACCUUUGGUAUCAGAUACAGCCAGUGUUUCCUCAAAUACUAUUUCAAAACGUCAUAGAGGCCAUAAAGAUGAGUCCCCAGCUGAACUACCAAAUUCUUCAGAACCUGUUAGACAGAUGCUUCAUGAUGAAUUGUUUAGAUUGGUUCAGUUGCAGCAGAUCAACUUCAUGAGCCUAAUGCAAAUAGUAGGAUCAUCGUUUGCCAACCUUCCCAAUCUGCAUCUUACACAGCAGCUUCAAAAUAUGCAUUUGGAGGGAAGCCAAAUUUCAGGCCCCACAAGAGGCAGUGGUGAUGUUGAGCCCACAGUUACAAAUGUUAAGAAAGAUUUCCUACUUAGAUCCCUUGAAGAAAAUUCCAGACAGUUUGAAAAGAGCAGACCUCAUCAAGAAAGAAUUGUCCAGUCUGAUCAGGACAAAAUUGGAAAUAUUCAGAAUAUUCCAUCCUUUUGUGUUCCUCCAACUCAUUUAGAUGGCCAUUCUAAUAAUGGAGGAGAAAUUCCAAAAUGUCAAGGCUUUUCCACCAACCCAGCUUCUUCAGCUUUUGCUGCAAGCAAUCACUUGCAUUUGUUGUCCACCACACCCAUCACUCACAAGAACCCUACACUUAUUCCAGCCGUGAAAAGCUUAAAUCCUGUUAGUGGUUUUCCUUUGCUUAACAUUGAAAUGAAACAUGAAUUCAAACCUCUCUCUGUCCAUCCAGUAAGAACUCCGCAAGUUCCAGUCAGACCGCCCCCAGAACCAAAAGAGGCCUGGGGUUUAUCCAAUUCUGGAAAACUUCCUUUGAUGGCACAUAGUGACACUCCCACAUCCCAUCUGAAUUUGAACCAGUAUGAUGUGGAAACUGUGCAGAAAGCCCUUGAACAGAAGAGAUGGGCAGAAAUAAGAACUACAGAAAUCCCUAAGCAUCUCAACUUGGAUCAGUAUAUUGAACAGGAAAACUUGACACCUCAACAGGACUCUUCAGUGAAAAAACAAGAAAAAAUAUUUGAUGUGAAACCCAAGCCCUCUGAGAUACCUAAUGGGAAUUUUCUUGGUGUUCCUUUACUACACCUGCAACUUAAUCCCACUCCUGUAUUUUCAGCAGCCUUGAGAACACCAGUUUUUACUCCUUCAACCUUUAAUAGACCAAAAGAAAAAGAAAGAGACUCAAAAGAAAUCUUGUACCCAAGCAUAAAAUUACUUCAUACUUGCUUACCCUCAGAACACAAGUGCCAAAAACCAAAGUUCAUUCCACUUGAAAAUCUCAUUGCAUUUAAACAAAGCCAACAGAAACAAUCAUUUAAUUUACUUGAACAUGAGAAACCUGGGAAUAUUCACCUUUUAAAAGCCAAAAUAGAGCCAAAAAAGGAAAAUAAAAAAAGAGAAAGAAGACGGGCUAAGAAAAAGCUUCAAGAAGAAAGUUCAGAGAAACAAGAGAAAAAAUGUGUGACAUUCCAAUCAGAGGAUUCCAUUAUUAAUCCAGAUGAUUCAGAAGUGAUUGUGAAACAAGAGGAUCAGCAAGAACAACCUAUUCUUCAGCCUAUUGAUCGUUUUGUAAUUCCUUUGGAAUCACUAGAAGAAGACAUCACUACUUCAGCUGGAUUACAUUAUAUGGCUUCUAUAAAAAAGAAGGUGGUAAAGAAUCAAGAUGCAAGUACAAACACAGACCCAGUACAAGAGUUUUCAAGUAUUCCUCAAAUGUUGGCUCCAGAUGUUUAUUUAAAUCUCGGAUUUCCUUCUGAAAUAUCAGAAACACCUUCGACAUCUAAUCCUGCAUCUAAUGUGGUUGGACACAAUUAUAUAAAUGUGAUUGACAUUGAAGCAACUGAUCUUCUUCAGGAAUUGCCUGUUAGAGAAGACACUACAGAUGAUAUUGUUGUCAAACAGGAAGGUGAUAAUUUAGAAAUUCCAUCUUCUGCAAAUCUGCAUUACAUGGCAGCUUCUGUUACUAAUGUAAUUCCUCCUGACCAGUUUAUGAAUAAAGAUUUGGAUGAAAAGACAGAUCAAAGAAGGUCUGGGACUGCUGAGCAGGAUUGUUGUAAUAAUGACAGUGGACAACAGAAAGAAGAUCUACCAGAAGUACAACCUCCAGUUAAAGAAUCUAUUGUAAAAUCAGUUGCUGUUGAAGAUUAUUCAACCUGGAAACAGUGCCAGGAUUUUAAUGCUCCACCUUAUGUAGUGCCAUCAGAAAAAAAGCUUGAUAGAGAGCAGCUUACAACUAAAUUCCUGGAAACAGAUGAAAAACUACUUGUACUUAAGAACAUUGCAAUUAAUGUAGAGCAAGAUUUUAGCAACACUAAGUUGGUGUGUCCCUCCUGUGCUCUGGUCAAAACAGAAGACCCCUUGGAAUUGUCAUGUUCCCCAGAAGCUGAUAAAGAGACAGUGUUCUCACAAAUUUUGAGAAGUCUUGAAGAAGAGGGUUCAGCAUAUUCUUUUAGCCAACAAAUUGAAGAAGAGGAAACUCCAUUACAUGAAUUCCCAGAAACAAAGCAAACUAUAUGGAACUCUUGUUCCUUUUCUUCUCCUGUUUCAUCUUUUGAUAUUGGUGACCACAUUACUUCUACAGGCAUGGCUAGUAGUGAAGAUUCUGUUGAAAGUGCUUCAGCAGAUUUUCAGAUAACUGGACUAACUGAUGUUGCUGACAUAAUUGGUGAUCUUAUCACUGAGAGUGGAGUAUCUAGAGAAGAACUUGGUUUAACAGAACAUCAAGCCAUGAAAAUCUCCAGGAUCCAUAGUACCCCAAAGAAGAGAAAGUCACAAAGAACAGAGAAGGAAAAAAGAGAGAUAAGAGCCUGGAUGAAAAGAAAAAGAAAGGAGAGGAUGGCAGAGUAUCUGGCCCAGCUGGCUCAGAAGAGAGAACAAGAAUAUGAACCCUUUCAGCCCCAGAGGCAUCCAUUGUGUAUGACUUCAAAGGAAAUUAGGCUGUGUCAGAGGAUGAAGAAUGAAAAAGACAGAUUACAACUGUCUGAACACUAUGAUCGUCGAGUUGCACAAGCAUACAGCCUAAUGAAUGAAUUGCUAUUUGAGUCAGCACAGGUGCCCAGAAGAUGCCUGAAAAAGCCCCCCGGGAGCCCAGCUAAAUCUGCUCGCAUUUCUAGGAAGCAGUAUCACCUUCCUCCAAAAGGAGAGGACCGUAAUAUUAACACACUGUCACCAAAUCGAAAUUCAAAAGUUAGAUUUGCUUCAAAACCUACUUAUAUUCAUGGAAGAACCCCUUUAAGCCAACAUCAACAUCCAUCUCAACGAAAUAGAAAAGCUGCUACGUCAGUAAAGAAAACAACAGAAGUUACCAGAAAGCCUGCACGAAAUGUAUCAUGCUUUUCAGAUCUCUCCAGUCAAGACUUCAGUUAUCCACCUCGUCGAACCAGUUACGUAAAAAGUUCUGAAACUAGUACAUCCACAACCAAUGCAGAAGAAUAUGAAAGAGAACACGAUAAAAUGAGUUCCUGGACUAUGGCUGACCAUGCCGACAGGAUUCUUUGCAGAGGCCCAUGGUCCUCCCUUGAGGACUUUUCACCAGCUGAAGAUGAAAAGUUUUCCGUGAGCAUUAAUGGCCUAACUAGCGGGUCUGAGAGCACCAGCAGCAUCCUCAGCAAGAUUGACUGGCGUGCUGUUGACAACAUGGUGGCCAUGGUAAAAAACACGUGAAACAAGUUGUGCCUUGGAGCGGCGUGUCCUUAGCUGCUGUAGACAAUACGGCACGGCCUGGCUGUAAAAAAUUAUAUCUCAGGGAAUGAACCUGAACCAGAUCGGGGAGAUUGUGAUGAACAUAUUAACUGACAUCAGGGAAAAUUCAAUAAUGUGAUUCAGUCUAGGAAGAAGAGGACAUUGUACCAGCUAUAAUGCCAGUCUCUGCAUUUUACAAGGAUGACCAUACAUCUUAGUAAAUUCAUCAUAUCACAUGAAUAAAACAUUUUCCUUAAAUCAUAUAUUUUUAUUGUUUUUCACCUUUAGGAAAACACUAGGAAUUUUCAAAUAGUUCCCUUUUAAAUUAAAAAUAUACAGAACAUUGUUUUAAAUGAUUUUAUUAAUAAAGUUCUUCCCCUGGACUCUGUUGUGAUUUAAAAAACUAAUGUAUUUACUGAUGUAUAAAUGAACCAUAUUUCAAAAGCCUAUUUGGCCACCUAAGAAGAAGGGAAGUUUGUCAACAAUGUACUGCGGUUCCAGAGGAUUGUACUGAUUGCUACAGACAGAAGUCACAGAGGCAUUUGGGGGAGGCAGAUAUGAGUGGGUGGGGGUGAGAGAGUUUUUGCUUCAAGCAUAGAUAGUUCUGUAUGCCCUGGAUUAGGAGAGGGGAGAGGGAUGCAGUAGGAAGAAGGCCUAGUCAAAGUAAUUGAAGUAAAUGAAAGAAUGGAGGCCACUUACAAAGGCACAUCUAGAGUACAAUUUAGUACUUGAAAAUAAGUAAAUAUGGAAUAUGAAUUUAAUGGAACACUUGUCAGAAAAACCCGACAAGAUGUGUGUGAGCAAUACGAAGCGAGCGGAGCCAGGACAGUUCAUUCAAGAGCAAUAUAGCUAAAAGGCCCAAAUUUGAAAAGCUUAGAACCUUAGGUGGAUUGAUGGAGUGACCGGCCCAACCCAAAAAUAUAAUGUGUGCGGCUACCAACUAACCACCAAAGUGGACUUGGGCACAAGAGGAGAUGUGUAUGUCUGAACAUGACUAACGGAGGAAUUGGUUUCUUUCUCUUAUCUCCCAGAAAGAGGAUGGUAGACACUUGGAAGAAGGAAAAAACAAUAUCUAAAAAACUUAACUAAAGAAUAACUAAAAUUUGAAGGUUUAUUCAUGGUUGGAAUGUAUCUAUAUAAUGAAAAUAUCACCUAAAUUGAUCUAAAAUAUAACGCAACGCCAAUCAAAUUAUGUGUAACUUAUAGGGCUUGAAUUGAAGGAGCAAAAAAUCUAAGAUCUUAAGUGAAAUAGUGAGGGAAAAAGAAAGGAAGAACUUGUACUCCUAAAAUUGGAAUAAUAUAAAACAAAAAUUAUCAAAACUCUUUAAUUACUGGUUUAAAAAAAGAGAAAUAUAUACCAAUGAACCAGAGGGACAAUCAGAAAAAAAAUUAAUUCAAUAACUCGGUGUUUGAUAUACCUUGGCAAAUUAACACGGAAAUAGAUUAGGGUGGGCGUGAGUACAGGCAGGGCAUGGCAGGAUGAUACUAUUUAUUACCGGGUCUAGGGCCUAGGCUCUGGAGGCAGUGACAUAUGUUCAACUACCAUUAAUUAGAAUAUGUUUCAGAGUGGGAGGCCAAGGGGAAUGUCAGAAUGUCAUGGCAAGAUGUGUCACAUUAAGCUCAAAAUAUGGGACUUGAAUAUUGAAAGUCUCCACAAAAAGGAGCAAAGAGAAUCAGAUCAAGUAGCUUUCACUUCUGUGGUUGGGGGCAAGUAUAGUUUUUAACCAAAUUAUAGAAACCAUCACAAAAGAUAAAACCAGUGAUUUCUUGACUUGUAGCUUGUUUCUUUAAAUCACUUAUUAUUUCUAGAAAACUAUGCAUCUGAUGACUAUUAACUUCUCUUUCUGCCUUCAAUAAUACUCUCCAUUUGCUUCCCUCUCUUAGUUUCUGGAUCUUUUAUGAGUUCUUUUUAAAAAAUAUUUUUAUUUAAAUUUCCCAAUUGCAUAAU